AUGAGCCUAUAUUCCAAUCUUCCUCUUGAUUCGUCGAAAAGCGAGAUCCGGUUGAUCUCUCUGCACGACAGCGACGAUGAGAACGCUCUCCUUUCUGGGCAGCUCGAGCGCGCCACCUUGAAUGAUGACUACUCUGCCUUGUCGUAUGUCUGGGGCGAUGACCACGACCGACGUCCAAUACAGCUCAACGGUGUUAACACCACCAUUACAGCCAACCUAGAGAAGGCUCUGAAGCAAUUGCGUGCCGAGAAGAAGGCUACAAAGAUUUGGGUUGAUGCAAUCUGCAUCAAUCAAAGAGACAACACCGAAAAAAGCCACCAGGUUCAGAUGAUGGGCGAGAUUUACAAACAUGCGAACAUACGGACGGUUCUUUGGUUGGGUGAUGCGGAGAAUGAUAGUCAUGAGGCGCUCCAAUUAAUCGCCACCGCGGAUGCUCAAUUCUUCGUCGAUUACGACCCCAGCGCCGCGUCACCAGCACUGCAGGCUUUGAAGAUUCUGCUGAAGAGGGCGUGGUGGAAGAGAAUGUGGGUCGUUCAAGAGAUGAUGCUUUCCCCAAACCCCGUUCUCAAAUGUGGCGCCGACGAAGUAGAUUUUGAAAGACUUGUCAUCUUCAGGAACCUGCACUGGGAAGCGCAGAGUGCAGAUCUUGAGCGAUUCCAGCCUCUUCGUAACCUUUGGAAAGAGUGUCCGUUUACACCUAUGCUAGAAUAUCAUCGUGUGAAAUGGCUUGAUGGGGAGUUGUCGUUGUGGUUGAUGGAUGUGGCUCCGUUUCAAUGCAGGUAUUUGAGGGAUAAAGUUUAUGGACUUAUGGGCCUGAUUCAUCCGGAUAUCAGAAAACAAAUUACUGUUAGUUACGACGAAGAAGCUGUUACUGACAAGAUGGUGUUCAUUGAAGCAACAUGGAUCUGUUUCCAUAGGGAAUUACUGAUACCGCUUCAGUUUGGACAGGUAGAGAAGAAUACCUCUUUGGGACUUCCAUCGUGGUGUCCUGAUUGGAACUCAAAGCAGACACAUGUACCCUUAGUUGGCUUCGAGUUUGCUCCAUACCCAGUAACGAGCUCUUUUCGCCCCCCAGCUGACAAAUGGCUGUUCGGAGGAGAAAAGGAGAUAAAGCCUAGGUUCGCAUUCUCUGGGGACAAGGAGACCCUUUUUCUCCACGGAUUUGUCGUUGAUACAGUUGAUUUUGUCAAUGGGGUUGGGACUGAAGAAACACCAGAAGUGACCGUUUACACUGGAGAUGACCUCGCAAUCCAAGCACAGUGUCGGCAGGAGAGAUUGGAAAGCACAAAAAAAGCCUGUUUGAGGUGGGAGGAGCAUAUUCGAACAUCCAAAUCAGUCAACUACUUGGAUUCUGACGGUGGCUACGAGGAAGCCUUUUUUCGAACGAUAGCGGCGAACCGGACUUUCAGCCGAGAAGCGCUCGAUUCUGACGUGAAGCCCAUGUUCGACGCUUGGAUUGGUCGAGAGAUUGCUUCCGACGGUGCCUCAUCGUCGACAACAGUGGAAACGAAAAGAAUUAAGGACUAUAGCAAUUCCGUUGUCAGUCUGUGUGCGAAACGGACUUUCAUAACUACAACGACUGGAUAUUUUGGUCUGGCACCGCAGAUAACAAAGUCAGGAGACUUGGUAUGCAUCGUAUACGGAGCAGAUGUAGCUUUCAUCUUACGCAAGCCCGAGCCCGAGCUUGGAGAUGUACCCGGAAGCUUUAUCGGGGAGGCUUAUAUUCACGGGAUUAUGCAAGGAGAGUAUCUGGAGAAAGCAAAGGUUGAAGACUUUACAGCCUUUUGGAUGGAAUAA